AUGGCACCCCCAGAACUCUACUCUCUUGGCCAGAAUCAGACUGCUAUCAGCUCCCAUGCUUUCAACGCUAACCGCACCGAGGUCGCUGUGAGCUUGAACUCGAAGGAUGCGACCAUCUGGGAGCGUCGUGGACAUGAGUGGAAGCAGACAGAGACGCUGUCCGAGCACGACAAGCUGAUCACCUCCAUCGACUGGGCCCCCAAGUCCAACCGUAUCGUUACCUGUGCCCAGGACCGGAACGCAUACGUGUGGCAGCAGAGCCCCGACUCGCAGACGGGCCGUAUGAUCUGGAAGCCGACGUUGGUGUUACUCCGUAUCAACAGGGCUGCGACACAUGUCCGUUGGAGCCCGAACGAAGACAAGUUCGCCGUCGCGAGCGGUGCCCGCGCGAUUGCGAUCUGCUCAUUCGACCCCGAGGGCGACUGGUGGGUCUCGAGACUGCUCAAGAAGCCGAUCAGGUCGACUGUCCUCUCCGUCGACUGGCACCCGAAUAAUGUCCUGCUCGCGGCCGGCAGCGCUGACAUGAAGGCCCGCGUAUUCUCCGCUUACAUCAAGGACGUCGACAAGAGGCCUGCCCCUACUGUUUGGGGAGAGAAGCUCCCAUUCAACACUAUCUGCGGCGAAUACAGCAGUCACGCGGGAGGCUGGGUGCAUGCUGUCGGAUUCUCUCCGUCUGGAGACGUUCUAGCCUUUGCCAGCCAUGACAGCUCCAUCAGCAUUGUCUACCCCGGCGGACCGGCCAUAUACACGAUCAAGCUUUCCAGUCUGCCUCUCCUCACCCUAACUUGGACGACCGAGAAUUCCAUCAUCGCCGCUGGGCACGACUGCCAGCCGCUCGUGUUCUCGGGUAGCGAAGGCGGUUGGGACCUCACCGGCACGCUCGACGACCCCAACGCGAACAAGACCGGCGGCGGCGCAGCGCGCGCAGGCCUCGGUAACGCGUCGCCUGUGGGCCGCCUGAACAGCGCUGCGUUCAACACUUUCCGCAACGCGGACACGCGCGGUAUCUCGAGCGGCCCUGGCUCGCCCGGUCCUUCCGCUGAGUCGGAGCUGUUCACGGUGCACCAGAACACGAUCACGAGCGUGCGACUGUACGAGGGCAUUCCGGGGAACGUUGCGCGCGUCAGCACGUCGGGCGUGGAUGGGAAGCUGGUCGUGUGGGACGUCGCGCAGGUGUCGCCGAUUGGCGUGACGGGCAUCGUGGGCCGCUUGGCGGGUACGCAUCUGAAGUAG